AUGCUGCGUCGUGCGGUGGUCGUCGCCAGCCGUGUUGGCCCGCGCUCCGCAGCGCCUGGCCGCCCGUGGUCGCGUGCACCGAUCAUGGCGCGCGCCUUCUCGCUCGAUGCGAUCGCGGCCAAGACGACGAAGGACCUCGAUCGGUUCCGGGCGUGGGAUAAUGCCGAUGUCUUCUCGCCCAAGCUCUGGUUCUUGACCAAGUUUAACAUGUUUACAGUGCUCCACACGGCGUUCCCUGCGUCGACUUCGGCGUACGACAUUCCCGACUUUCUGGCCGGCGCCAAGGACGCGAUGCACACCGUGCUCUCGACGCUCUACUCGCGGGCCUUUUUCGAGGCCGUGACGACGCCGACCAAGACCACUGCGCCGACCGACGAGCUCGCGUUCCUGCACACGAUCAUGAGCCCCGAGUGCGUCCAGAUCUUCAUCGACGGCUUCACCGCGCUGCGUGCGAAUGGCGCCACCGGCUUUGAACUCACGCACCUCGAGAUCAAGGGCGCCCAUCUGGACGCGGUCGACCUCGCUGACGAUGCCAAGUCGGUGCGAUUGCACGUGCUCUUUUACACCGAAGAGCACAUUCUCACGACGGGCGUCGUCAACGGAGAAGAGCUCUCGGAGCCAUCAGUGCGCGACGACCAGUGCACGUGGGUCUUCGAGUCGUCGCUCCAAGAACCCCUCAAGUGGACCAUCGUUGGCAUUUGA